AUGGCACAGGCCUCUUCUACGCAGGCCCCGGCACUGACGCCUAAGUUCUGCUUCGAUGAAAGACUGCUUCAAGACUUUCUUCGGCUAUCUCGAUCGACUAUCGAUGACUCGAUUACCCAAAACCUAAAUGCUUUGUUCACACCGGCCCGCAACGGAUUUGAUCCAUCCUCCACAGCCAUGCGACAAACCCAUUCGAAAAGCCAAAGGAGCAUCGACGAAGAAGCAUGCCGGGAAUUCAAAGAUAAUGUGCUAUUUACAUCAUGGCAGACGCGCUCGGAUGUAUUAAAUUAUUGUGCCGGGGUAGCCACCAGCCCUGAUCCCGAGGAUCCGGACUUGGUGCUGCGACAAACCGAAUCUGCACGAGACCGGGAGCGAGUUGUGGACGAGCGACUAGAUCCAUAUUCUGCUCGUUUCUUCCCACAAGAAGCUAGGACGGAGUCUCUGGCCAGUUUGAUACGCAACCAACGCUCUGUAGAAGGAAUCAUCCGGGCACGGACCUGGAGCAUCGUGAAUGAGAGGUGCGGAGGGUCCUUUUCAUCAUGGGAGGAGGCCUUAGACGACUGGCGCCGCAAGCAGCAGUGA